AUGGCCGAAGGCGAGAAGGCGGCCAAGGAAACGAAGGGCGCGUUCAGUGCGAUCGGUGAAAUGGGGGAAGACGUGCGCAAGAACGUCAACUCUUUUGCCGAUGAAUUGCUGGGCGGCAACAAGUCUACCCACCACCCCUCCGGCGGCACUGGCGACAUUCAUCCCGAUGCGAAGAAAGCAGGCGACUCGCUGCAGAAGGGUGUGGACGACGCUGGCAGGAAGCUCGACGAGGCGAUGAACAAGCACCAUUGA